UUUGGCUGGAGAAUCACUCCAGCAGCUGUGACGCGCAGGAAGCCGACUGCCAACAUCUGAUGCGGCUUCAGCUCACGGAAAAAAAUAUACAAACGUGAAACCGUCAAAGAAGAUAUUUUGAAAAAACCUUAGACAUGCUUUCUCGCCUCCUAAAAGAACACCAAGCAAAGCAGAAUGAGAGGAAAGAGCUACAAGAGAGGCGCAGGCGUGAAGCGAUCGCAGCAGCCACCUGUUUGACCGAAGCCCUGGUAGACCACCUCAAUGUGGGGGUGGCCCAGGCGUAUGUCAACCAGCGCAAACUGGACCAUGAGGUGAAGACGCUUCAAAUCCAGGCCAGUCAGUUUGCCAAGCAGACAGCCCAGUGGAUUAGUAUGGUGGAGGGCUUCAACCAGGCCCUGAAGGAGAUUGGGGAUGUGGAGAACUGGGCCCGCAGUAUUGAGAUGGACAUGCGGACAAUCGCCACGGCGCUGGAGUACGUGCACAAAGGCCACCUGCAGCCUACCUCUUAAAGACACGCGCUAACUUGGCUUUAAGGACAGAGCCAGUCCAGAGCAUCAGGCCUGGUCUGCCCAGCUGCCACCAGCACUGAGGACAGCAGUGACUCAGCCAUGAAUGGAUAGGCUGAUCUACUGAACUGCCAUAAAAAACAGCCAGUUCCAUAAGAGUCUACAAAGUUGGUAAAUACCAGACUCCAGCUGUCGCAGCCUGGGGGCACAGAAGCCUUAAGACUCAGAUGAAGUCUGAGUUUUACUUCAGUUGUUAUGCAAAGUACUCACUGUACUCUUGUCUUGAAUUGAGGAUUGAUUCUGUACUAAACCAUUAUUAUUAUUUCAAUGUUAUUUAAUCUUUAAAAGAUGGUUGUAAUGUUUAGUACACGUCUAUUCGGUGAAACUAUUUCUUGAGACAAGUUCACUGUAACCUGGGUAAGCGACCACACAAAAAAAAAACUCAAAUCACUGGAAGGGAAAAAUUGUCUUAAAACGUCAAUCGAACCGCUCAUCCUGACUUAAAAAUGACACCACUCCAGAAAGGGAAAGACCACAGAUGGAGCGUAUUUUACAUUGCAGCACUGAGCUGUCUCUACUCCAGCUGUACGCUCAAUUGGUGGCAAGGAGAUCAGGCCAAAGGCAUGAGAAAGGGCCGUGGCAAUAGGGCUGAGUUACAGUGAGGCUGCCCAAUUGCAAACUACAUCCUUUGGACAUUGUGCCAGAUGAGGUUGCAUAAGAAGUGAUCUUGUAUUUAGUUACAUAACAAAAACGCUGAAGUUCACUUAAGGCUGGUUUUGCUAUCUAAAUCUUGUUACAAGAGAUUUACUUCAUACAGUGCCUGUGAAAUGAACAAGCCCAAACUGUGCACAUUAAAAAAACAUUUGAGACAGGACAAGUAACACAUGUAGGACACGUCUCUUAUCCUGGGUCGCUGUGCUAGUGUAGUACAUGUAAUCAAACUGCUGAUUCAGAUCGUGUUCACAUGUACAAGACACAAGUGUUUCUUAUUCUGUUCCACCUAUUGCAUCCAAGUCUUAGCAUCGUACCUCUAAGUUAGGAUCUGCAUCAUUGUAGUUCAGGAAUUAGGUGUUAACCUAACUUAGUGGCAACAAAAUAUUUUUAGAUUUAUUUGGAUAAAACCCUUGUUGCUUAUGGAUUACUCAACACGAAUGCUGACAUUUUUUCUGUUCCUGUCUUCCACCACUGAAAUGAUUUACAACAGCUCCUUCAGGACUCGCUCGUUAACACCAUUCAAGGCUAAUGUGCCUGCCCUUUCCAAGAGGUGUGGGUGUAGCCGGUGGGAAUUGCCCAAAGCCCCAGCCAUGUGAUGAUGUUUGUAAUACAAAAAACCUCUUUCCCAGGCGUGAAAACAAAAAUCAGAAUGAAACUAUAGGGAUGAAAUUCUUCUGAGGAUGAAAAAAGAUUUUUACAUUGGGAUUAGCACUGCUCCCUGUACAGCUUCACUGUUAGCCCCUGCCCCGGAACAGAUGAGGCUUUGAGGAAUUUGCCACUGCAGAGAAAGAGGAUUUCUUGGCUAGUUAUCGGUCUCUUGACUCCCUACCCCCCUACCAAAACCAGCCAGAUCCCUUUUCCUGAUGCUUCAGGUUUAGGAUAAUCCAUUUUCAUAGGAUUACUGAAGCUCACACCAUCAACAGGAAAAAAGCAGCUCUUCGUAAUAUAUGAUGUUUUUGUGGUCGCUGACUAGUUUUUGGUCCAAAGGACAAAAAUGCAAUGAGGUACGAUGCUGUGCUACAAAAAAACAACUUUCUGCAAUAAUGUCAUGUUUCAUGUAAACAGAAUAUAGCACAAAACAGCCUGAUGGUUCUGUUUUGUUCUAUAGCCUACCUGUAAGUUUUUGUUCAAUCUUUUUUCUUUAUUUCAGAAAUUAGAAAUCAUAAAUGGCAUUUGGGCUCAGCGGAUAUCGGGUACACAUUCCGAUUGUAUUACUCUAGUUUCUGAGGUACAGAUAAGGUUUUUUUCCAGGGUUUAAGAGCGGUGUUUUCUAAAUGUGGUGCGUGUGCAGUGCUGGUCUGUAACAUUACUGAUUAAAGGUUGCUCUUUAAUUAUA